AGAAAGGAAGUGGCACCAGUUCCCGGCCGGCGCUAAAUCAAGGUCCCCCGGGUACGAUGGCGUCGAUGCUCCUACGCUCGCUGCUUCUCGAGACUUCUCAGCGACUGUUCGCGGCGGCGAAUGGAGCUGCUUUGCUUCGUUCUCAGCCGCGCCGAAACAAAAAGCUCUGGCUCCGAGCUUACCUGGAGCAGCAGCGUUUGCUGGAGCCCCCCAGGCGCCGGUCUGAGAAGCCUAACUGGGAUUACCAUGCAGAAAUAGAAGCUUUUGGCCACCGGAUACAUGAGACAUUCCCACUGGACCAACUCAAAACAGCAUUUGUUAAUUCUUGCUAUAUAAAAAAUGAAGAAUUUAAACGCCAAGAACUUGGACUAGAAAAAGAAAAUCUUGCUCUUACUCUUAAGGACAAUCAGGAACUUUCUUUACAGGGAGCUUCCUUUUCACACUCUUACCUGACACAAUGCUUUGAAGAAGCCUUUCCAAAAAUGCCACCUGAUGGCAUUGAGGCACUUGUUAACUAUCUCACCAGUGAAGAAAUAGUAUCCUACAUUGCUAGAAACCUAUCAUUGCAAGAUUUGACACUUUGUGCAGAAUUUCCCGUGCCACCUAAGGUGCUGCAGCAGACUUUUUUUGCUGUAAUAGGAGCUUUGCUUCAAGGUAAUAGCUCUCAAAGGACAGAGAUCUUUGUCAGGGACUUCUUCAUCCCUCAGUUGAUAGGAAAGGAACUGUUUGAGAUGUGGAACGUUGUAAACCCCAUGGGCCUGCUGCUGGAAGAACUGGCCAAGAGGAAUAUAACUGCUCCCGAACCAAGGCUAACUAGGCAGUCAGGAGCUACCACUGCUUUACCCUUGUUCUUUGUUGGGUUAUAUUGUGAUAAGAAGCUUUUAGCUGAAGGUACUGGUGAAACAAUAUUGGCUGCUGAAGAAGAAGCUGCUCGUGUGGCCUUGCGAAAACUUUAUGGCUUCACUGAGAACAGACAACCCUGGCAUUACCAUUCUUUGAAAUGUGAGAAGCAAGCUGAAAAAGCAAUUAGCAGUAGUUAGCAAAAAAGUCAGGUCCAUUUGCAACAGUACUGCAUUUCAGCAAGAACUUUUUUCUCUUCUGUUCCAUUUAUCUAAAUUAAAAUGCUUUGAAUAAAAACACUUUAUCAAAGGA